AUUGCACUCUUGCGGAUUAGAGAGAGAGAGAGAGAGAGAGAACCGAAGUGCAGAAAACUCGCAGUUCUUCUCACUGUAAGUAUAAUAUGAUGUCCUCUGAGAUUUUUGCUGGUACGGCGUUUGCUUCUUUGACUUCCAGUUUGGACUUAACAACUGGGGCGAUAGGACCGAGCAUUUACUGUAGGGGGUGUAAAAAUGGAAGUGAAGGGCCAAGUGACAGCUGAGAAGUAUGCUGCUGAUAUUUCCUCCAUAAGAGAAGCACAACUACGCAUCGGUUCGUUUAUACACAGAACACCAGUCGUCUCUUCGGAAACUCUUGAUGCUAUUGCUGGAAGGAAGCUACUCUUUAAAUGUGAAUGUUUCCAGAAAGGUGGAUCUUUUAAAUUUCGUGGUGCCUGUAAUGCUGUAUUUUCGCUUGAUGAUGAUCAGGCAGCAAAAGGGGUUGUAACUCAUAGCAGUGGUAAUUAUGCAGCAGCAUUAUCUUUAGCUGCUAAACUGCGAGGGAUCCCAGGUUACAUUAUUAUUCCAAAAAAUGCUCCAAAAUGCAAGGUUGAGAAUGUUAAGCGUUACGGAGGCCGGGUUAUCUGGAGUGAAUCCAAUUUGAGGUCAAGGGAAGACACGGCAACCAAAGUGUUGCAAGAAACUGGCGCAGUUCUUCUUCACCCAUACAAUGAUGGGCGUACUAUAAGUGGGCAGGGCACAAUAUCGCUGGAGCUUCUGGAGCAAGCCCCACAGUUAGACGCCAUAAUAGUUCCUAUAAGUGGAGGUGGUUUAAUAUCAGGGGUGGCAUUAGCUGCCAAGUCCAUCAACCCUGCAAUUCGAGUUCUGGCUGCUGAACCAAUGGGAGCGAAUGAUGCUGCUCAAUCUAAAGCUGCUGGUAGGAUUAUAACUUUACCCGAGACCAACACAAUUGCAGAUGGGCUUCGAGCUUUUCUUGGAGAUCUUACCUGGCCAAUUGUACGAGACUUGGUUGACGACGUGAUUACUGUGGAGGAUAAGGCGAUAGUAGAAGCCAUGCGACUUUGUUACGAGAUUCUGAAGGUUGUAGUGGAGCCUAGUGGAGCAAUAGGCCUUGCGGCGGUUCUGUCUGAUGAUUUCAGAAACAAUCCCGCUUGGAAGGAUUGCUGCAACAUAGGAAUUGUACUUUCAGGGGGCAAUGUUGACUUGGAUGUACUUUGGGAUUCUUUCAGGAAAUGAAUGGUACUCUAGUUCAUGCUUAUUUUGAGUCCUCUCGCAUGGAAGGACUGUGGUGGUCUGAAUAACAGGUUUUUAGUUCUUGCUUAAUGUAGUCCUCCGGAGGAAAUAAUAUUUCGAUUCACUCU